AAAACAUUUGUUAAACUCAAAUAAAAAGCCAAAAGCGAAAAAAGUCGUGUGAAAAUAAAUAUGAAGCUGCUGUGCGGUGUUCUACUGAUCGUGCUGGCUGUCAGCGACGUUUGGACUUUGCCAGCACGCAACAGUCCGCAGGAUGAUGUGGAGGUGAUUCGCCUACCGCAAGCCCAGCCCGAAUCGAAAGAUCCAACUUUCCGGGACUUUAAGGGCGUAAUCGAUACGGGCGCUGGCAAUCCGUUCCUGCAAUCGGAUCCAUCUGCUUUCCACUUUAACUUCGGCAUUGUCAAUUCCUUUGAUGACAUUUUCCGCCGUCUGCGCGCUCGUCUCUGGCCCAUUGCCGUAGAUGAGGAUGAUUCGGCGGCUGGCUCUGGCGCAGGCGACUCGGCUGAGUCACUUACACCCCUUGGCUUUGGUCUGCGACCGCUAACACCGCUGAAUACCAAGAAUGGCAAUACCACAUCGACGGUUAAGGUGGUCGAUGGUCACAAGGUGGAGAUCAACGAGACCGUCUACGGCGACACGAACAGUCUUUUCAAGGUGCGUUUGGUGAAUGUCCGUCCGUUGGAGAGCGGCGAGGAGGUAGUCGAGGGCGUCAUCAACAAUAAUGGCGAUUUGAAGCCGGUAAGUUCGCCCAGUACAUCGGCGCCAGCGACACGCAGCGAAUUGGAGGACUUGGACGACGACAACGAUCGCCGCGAGCCGCUCGAGAAGCAGCCCAAGGACAAUGAGGUGCGCGACAUCGAUGAGCCUCAGGUAUAAAAGCUUUUAACAGCAUUUCCAAGCAACUAAAAAAAACAAAUCUAACCAGGAAAUGUUUGCAAAAUGCCUUGCCAAUAAAUAUAUAAUAAAAAAUUAAAUAAAAAAAAUGCGUAGCGCUCUACUAACCGACUAUAUA